AUGUAUACAACAAAGACCCCUAAUGGAAUUAUUUGUGGCAUUCAAAGGCAUUUAGAUGGAACUGUGGGAAACAGAGUACUAAAUCAUUUAGAUGCUUUGGAUAAAGAGUAAGAGAGGAGACAUUAUUUUAUAUAUUCAGUGCAACAUACUAUUGUCGAAGACGACUACAUUAGGAAAAUUAAUCUUUUUUAAUCUUCCUAUAUUUUAUUGUAGAUUUGUCAUUUUCCGUCGUUGUCUUGAUGCAGAGAUAAAGGAUAGCACACGGCUAGAUUUGAAUUUGCAAAUAAAGAAAGGAGAUAAGGAGGCUGUUAGAGCGUAA